ACGUGAUGCUAUGAAUAAUCAACAUCAACAGAGAACAAUAAAAAAUGUUGGCUAUCGACUGGGCAAACGAAAACGUCUCUUUGAGAAACGCUGUCGAAUAUCUGAUUUCUCAUUAAGUUUUGCUGUAUUCGGUAUAUUGGUCAUGCUGAUUGAAACAGAGUUUACAUUUGCUGGAGUCUAUGAAAAG